AUGAACCAUCGACAGCUGGCAUCAGAACUCUCCCGUAAAAUGCUAGAUUUACCGCCCCGCUUGGCUGGUGGAUUAUCUGAUCGCAAUGACGUCACGUUGCCGGAUAAGCAUAAAUUCGACUCCAGGACGUAUGUCAAGCCAAAGAAGCGCUUUCAAAGACCGAGCAUCCAGAGCAUCGUGGAGGUUACCUCCAAUCCGCCUUCCUUGACGCUUAACUCGUCUCACAACCAGUCUGCCAACAAAUACCUGACGUACAACAAGUAUACAAAUCCGUUGGGACCAAUUAGUCCAAUGUUGAGGCUAAAGACUUUCAAUGUAGAUACCAAUACAGAGAAUAGCAGUGCUGUUAAAGAAUAUGCAAUGAAGAGGAGGAGUCUCGUGCAAGAAGAUGAUCCUCAGCUUGAAGACUUGGAGGUGGGUCCGAGCUCAGAUGCCUCCGAUCGGCCGUCGGGGCACGUGACGUCAAGACCAAUCAACAUAGACCUUUCGCAGCCGGCUCAUAACUUGCACAACACGUUCAACAAAGGUCUUACGAAUGUACUGAACGAACGCGGUAGCCUCAAUAUGUACCAAAGUGGGGAGUCACUUAUGCGGAUGUCGCCACCGAGCCUUGUGUCUUCUUUGCUAAUGGAAAGUUCUGGAACAUUCAACACUGAGUCAUUAGAAAGUAGAAAAUCUAUGCCAUCAUAUAAGGACUCGGGUUUACCAACAUCAGGUCGCGAUAGUAUCGAUCCAAUGAUGACCAGCAUGACACUCAGCAUAUUAGAUGAGAAAGAUAUGAGCACUAGUUUUCUAUCACAGACAACCUAUCCUGACAAUGACAGUCUAUUAGACUCAUUGCCACCUAGCUUAGUCAGUUCUGUCAACUCCUCAUACGUUAUUAAUACGCAUAAAACAAAAUCGGACACUGCGGACUCAAAUAUAUUUAGUUCAGCAACGUUCACUCACUUAGAACAAUCAGAGAGAUUGUUGUCAGCCAGACCCAGGUGCCAACUCUAUAACAGUUUAACAAAACGCGACUCUGGCAUACGAAAUACGGAAAGCUAUACAAAAUCUAGAGAAGAGGCGUGCCAGAACCAGAUAAAUCAAGUUAAAGUACUGAAUGAAAAUACAGAUAAAGUAGAUACACCUAAGCUAGCAAAACCCAGUGAUAUGAGUGAAACAAUAACAUUGCAUUAUGCAAAUAGUAAAUACAAGCACAACGAUGCGGAAAAAGAGAAUCUGAAUGAAACAUUCAAAACUGAUGAUUCGUUUUUCAAAGACAACGAUAUGCAAAGAACUGUGGAUUUGGGUAAGAAUAGUCUCAACGUGACUUUAGACAAACAGGAGUUGAACGAGAUUAAACAAGCUCGUCAGAAGCUGUCAUUGGCGAGGAAAGGAUUGCCAACUGAACCCGACAAACCUUUGCCGAACCAAGUUGACACAUCACCUAUUAAAACAAUACAGCUACCUAACCAAAUAAUAACAGUGCCACGGCAGAAUAUGGAAAAUGUUUCGGAAUUACUGGCGAAGAGGAGAUUGAUGAAUUUGAACAACUACGAGAAACAAGAAGAAUCUACAAGAGAGACGCCGAAAAGGAAUGCGACGUUCAGGAAAGUGUCGCCUAAACAAAGCGCAAUGGACACUACUGUUGUAUAUGUUAAAGCGGACGAAAACCAAAUAAUCGAUAUCAACUCUGCAACCAUGAACCUUAUUGAUGCUGGUGAAAGGACUUUAAAGCAAGAUGAAUGGGGCUCACAAGAGCGGGCCAUGGUUGGGUCUAGCGAAAGUACGGACACUGGCACGUUCAGUUCCUCCAGCCCUCCAGACAGUGUGCCCGAUACAGCUGCACACUCGCACGAUCAUGGACAAAUCGCCUCAACACCACUCAUGGCAUUGAAGAAAGGCUCCAAAAGCGAAUUAUUGAAUCUGCAUACAACAAUAUCGCCUAUAUACGACAUAAUCGAUGACAAAUCAUACACCCUGAUGAAAGCACAGAGUUCAGGAAUGGAACAAACCUACGACCUUCAUAGUACAACAGUAAUAAACAGCGCGACUGUAGUUAAGGCUAAACGGGACAUUUUGGCAGGAAAAACAAGUCUCGAAAAGAACAUAUCACCUAGUACUACGGUUAAAUCACCGACUAAUCGAAUUUCUGCAACAAAUAUAGGAUGUUAUAAUUCAAUGUCCCCACCAACAGUAGUCCCGAGGAAAACUGGCUUACCAACAUCUAAAUUAAGACAAUACAGUUCACAUAAAGAACUUAACAGGAUACCAGGCGGAAAUCUAAGCGGCAUGCCAGCACCGAGAACAUUAGUGGGGCGUACGAUGGUGCGCCGCGGGGUGUAUGCUUCAAACCCCGCGCUGAGUCCCACCACCCCCCUCGCACCGCCUGUACGGAGAGACUCGUAUACUGUGGCUGUUGAUCAGAAUCCUCCAGAUGAUAAGGACAAACAGACGCAAAAGCCCUCAGUGCCCACAUUAGUGCGGCAAGGUACGGAAACACUGCGACGUGAACGGCCGCAGAGUCAACUCGUCGCACCCAGAGAUGUGAGCGAACAGCAUCGGGCGUCUGGAGCGCACGCGAGCAGCAGCGGGGUGCGGUUGUCUAUGCGGAAUCACUAUAUGCCUCCACCAACGUCGCGCCCUUACUCAUUAGCGGGUGCGACACAAACGCGCGUUUCAAGGCCGACCUCUGGUCCGACGCAGAGACCUGUCGCAGUUCCAGUGUCCGAAUCCCGUCCAGGGACUGGAGCGGAGUCAAGGGUGUCUGCUCUGCCCAGACCCUCGCGGCUACCAGCGCCAAGACGGGGUCUCAGACCGCCAUCGGUAUACUCGGUCGCGCCUACAGCAGACGUCGACCAUUACUGA